UACCGGACACGCCCUGACUCUGUUCAGAGAGGCGGCAAAUUGGCCGGACGCGAUAUAUAGUGACAUGUUUAGGACGCAUUGAAGGGAUACCAGACACCUUACAGAGAUCCAGUAAACCUCGGAAGUAACUGACAAACAUGUGUUGUGAAAAACCUGGUGGAAACUUGUACAUUCAGUUUACCUGGAUAGUGAUUUCUUGUUAAGGAAGGCAUAUUCCAAAGAGACGUGUAUUUCGAGGAGAUAUGAGUGUGUACGUGUUCCUAUGUCCCGCCUUAUCAUUACUCAUCACGGAAGUAACGGCGAGUAUUUUCCCGGGUGGCCGAGAGAGGAUAUGGUCAAAGUUAGGAUCACUUGACGACCAAUUGGAAUAUGCUGGUCAGGUCUGGAUUCAGGAGAAUAUAUCCAGACUUAAAUGUUCUGUGGAAUGCACCAUAGAUUCGUCUUGCGAGUCAUUUUUCUACAACAGGCUACUUAACAGGUGCGUCGCUCUGUCCGGACAGCCCGAGGACUUCACUUCUCUUGUUAACGAGCCGGGUUAUAACUUCUACCAGAAUCGACCAGUGUAUUGUGAGAGCGCCUAUUCCUAUAGGGACUCCGUUGGAUUGUGCUACAAACUGUACAACGUUCAGCGGACAUACGCGGACGCACAGACUGCCUGUAACACCGAUGGGGGACAUCUCAUCCGAAUCGACACGGAGGCGAAACAGGAUUACAUUAGAUAUAUACUACAGUCUACAGGAUCGCCCCACAUGUAUAUUGAGGCUACGGACGAGGUGACAGAAGGGGUGUUCAUGUGGGGGGACGGUCGGCCGAUCAACUACACCAACUGGUUUGCGACAGAACCAAACAACGAGGCUGGCGUGGAGAACUGCGUCAUGCUCGCCAACGCAAACUUCGAAUGGUAUGACAUUCCGUGUAACUCGCCAAAUACGUACAUCUGUGAACUGUCCGUCUAAGAGAGGAGGGUUCCGCGCGCGGUACCACUGUGUUGACAACAGAAUUAUCUUGUAACUCAGCAAUGUUUUACAUCAGCGUGGCCACCUCAACACUAUUGUAAUUCCACUAGGUUAAUAUCUGGGGCCACCACAAAACUGUUCUAGAGAAAGGUGAAACACAAAUUUGUUCUCCCUCAAAACCGUUAUAUUCCGCACGGUUAUCACCGUAUGCUAAAUGUACAGUCACUAAAAAUAUAAAGGAAUGAAGCGACUAUAUAAAACACUUAACUAUUUUGCAACAUAUGGUUAUUUCUUUUUAUUCAUAUGUGAGUUGUUCUUCAGAUGAAACGAAUGAAAAUCCGUGUCUUUUAUGUUAUUUAAUAUAAGUAGAUAUACUUGAAAAGGAACAAUGUGUAUAUAAGACCCUUUAUAAACAAAGGGCAAAAGAGCAAAGGAAUGUAACUAUUUUGUCACCCCUUCCAAAACUGUAUCACUCCGCAUGGUGAUAAAGCUGCAGGUCACCGCAAAUAACGUGACGCAAAAAGAUCGCCAUAUUGAUAGCACCUCCGGUAUCAAACGACAACACCUAAAGGAGGACCAAUAUCGAUAGCAACUCCGGUAUCAAACGACAACGCCUAAAGGAGAACCAAUAGUCAUAGCAACUCCGGUAUCAAACGACAACACCUAAAGGAGGACCAAUAAUGAUAGCAACUCCUGUAUCAAAAGACAACACCUAAAGGAGGGCCAAUAUCGAUAGCAACUCCGGAAUCAAACGACAACGCC